GACAGAUAGGACGUGGCAGCUCUCUGCCCCUCUCUCAGAGCCCCUCUCCUGUGGUGCCAUGCCUCUGCAAGUCCUCCUGCUUCUGAUUUUGCUGGGUCCUGGCAGCAGCCUCCAGCUGUGGGAGCUAGAGAAGGAUGGAGCCCAGGAGGCCCCAGACACCCCGCUUGCCCGGGGCCGGAGACAAGUGGAUGAGGACCAUGAAGUGGACUCAUAUGACUAUGUCACAGAAGGCACAGAGCCUCCAGAAAUGCUUACACAUGAACCUAGGUCUUUGGCCCUGACCCCUCACAUUCUGGCUGAGUUGGCAACACUGGGGCAUGGAACUCCUGAGCCAGCUACUCUGGAGGUGGCCACACGGGACUCUGCUGGCCUGGACACAGGAGGGGUGGCCCUAGGGAAUCUGAGCAUGGAAGUGGCCACACAGGUGAUUCCUGUCACAACAGACACACUGACCAAAGAACCAGCCACUACAUUACCUCCCAUCACAGAAGCUCAAUCCACAGAGGGGGCUCCAUCCACAGAGCUGGCCACCACUGAGGCCCCGUCCACAGAGCCAGCAGCCACAGAGGCACCGACCACGCAACCUGUGGCCACAGAGGCCCCGUCCAUGGAGUCUACAGUCAUGGAGACCCUGUCCACGGGGCCAGAAGCCACAGACGCCCUGUCCACGGAGCCCACUGCCACAGAGGCCCUGCCCAUGGAGUCUACUGUCAUGGAGAUUCUGUCCACGGAGCCAGAAGCCACG